AUGAAGAGGGUAAGACAAAAGAGCUUGAACAGUGUGAUGAUGGAUUUGGUAAGAAUGAGUAAUCGAGAUAAUCAGAAUUCCAUAAAUUUGGGUCACAUUAUCGAGACGCUUUUGAAGGAUUAUGAUAUACAUUUGCUGCCAGAAGCCGACGGUGUCAACGUCACCAUCGAAUUGCACGUUCAGGUUUGUUGA